GUUUGGAAGAAACUGGAAUACGCAAACAACGUUCAACACAAUUUAUCUGUUCAAACUUCAGAGUCAAUCGUCGUGGAUGAAUUGUGGCCUUGAACAUCGAAUUCUGGUCGACAAAUUGUGCGAAGAGUACUGAUAAGGCAAACGAAAGCUGCCAUGAUUUCGUCGCCCUCGCCGUCGAGCUCUUCUCUAGUCCCCGGCCUUCUCUGCAAUCCCAAUCACGCCCCUUCUCGCCGUUUCUUCGCGCGCCCUUUCCCAUGGAAGCCCUCCAAGAGGAUUACCGCCAUUGCCAGUGCCAAAACCGCAGAGAAGACCGCCUUGCAGUACAGAACGCUCGGCGACUCCGACCUGCUCAUCAGCGAAAUCACCUGCGGGACUAUGACAUUUGGACAACAGAAUACAGAGAAAGAGGCCCAUGAGAUCCUUAGUUAUGCAUUUGAGCGUGGAAUUAAUGCUCUAGACACUGCAGAGGCUUACCCAGUUCCAAUGAAAAAGGAAACACUAGGAAGAACAGAUCUGUAUAUAGGCAGCUGGCUGAAGUCUAAACCUCGUGAUAAGAUUAUUUUGGCCACAAAAGUAUGUGGAUAUUCAGAGCGAGCAACUUAUUUGCGUGACAAUGCAAAGACCUUGCGGGUUGAUGCUGCUAAUAUUAGAGAAAGUGUAGAGAAAAGCCUUAAGCGCCUCAACACUGAUUACAUUGAUCUAUUGCAAAUUCAUUGGCCAGACCGCUAUGUGGCACUGUUUGGUGAAUAUUUUUAUGAUCCUUCAAAAUGGAGGCCCAGUGUGCCAUUUGUGGAACAGCUCAGAGCCUUUCAGGAGCUCAUUGAUGAAGGAAAGGUACGCUACAUUGGUGUUUCCAAUGAAACUUCAUAUGGAGUGAUGGAAUUUGUUCAUGCUGCAAAAGUUGAAGGACUACCAAAGAUUGUCAGUAUCCAAAACAGCUACAGUUUGCUAGUUAGAUGUAGUUUUGAGAUUGAUCUGGUUGAAGUAUGCCACCCAAAAAAUUGCAAUAUUGGCUUGCUUGCUUAUUCCCCAUUGGCUGGUGGAACACUCACAGGGAAGUAUUUAAAUAGUGAUUCUGAAGCUUCAAGAAGAGGAAGGCUUAACCUCUUCCCUGGCUUCAUGGAAAGAUAUAACGCAUCUUUGUCUAAGGAAGCAACAAUUCAGUAUGUUGAAGUGGCCAAGAAACAUGGACUAACUCCAGUGCAGUUGGCGCUUGGAUUCGCGCGAGACCGCCCAUUUAUGACGAGCUCGAUCAUCGGUGCUACCUCAGUCGGCCAAUUGAAAGAGGACAUCGAUGCUUUUCUGACGACCGACCGGCCGUUGCCGGCUGAAGUCAUGGCAGAUGUAGAGAAUGUCUUCAAGAGAUACAAAGACCCAACAGUCUUUUAGGAUUUACAUGCAGUUUUCUUCUUAAGCCAGUUCAAAUUCUCCUCCUGAUAUCCAAUAUGAUGUCUCUAUUUAUUCAUCUUGUAGCAUUAGGGGUAUGGCACAUCUUCAUGGGCCAAGCUUAACAAAGUUCUUCUCAAAUUCAGAGUGAGUCAUAAAUAAAGAAUAAUGAUAUGGGGAAUCAUCGGCAA